AUGAACCUGUGGACGGACGACAACGCCUCCAUGAUGGAGGCCUUCAUGGCCUCCGCCGACCUCACCUUCCCCUGGGGGGCGACGGCCGGGGGCGGCAACUCGUCGGCCGCCGCGGCGACGCCGCCGCCGCCGCAACAGAUGCCGGCGGCGGCGGCGAUGGCGCCGGGGUUCAACCAGGACACGCUGCAGCAGCGGCUGCAGGCCAUGAUAGAGGGGUCCAGGGAGACCUGGACCUACGCCAUCUUCUGGCAGUCCUCCCUGGACGCGGCCACCGGCGCCUCGCUGCUCGGCUGGGGUGACGGCUACUACAAGGGCUGCGACGACGACAAGUGCAAGCAGAGGCCGCUCACGCCCGCCGCCCAGGCCGAGCAGGAGCACCGCAAGCGCGUGCUCCGCGAGCUCAACUCCCUCAUCUCCGGCGCCGCGGCCGCGCCCGACGAGGCCGUCGAGGAGGAGGUCACCGACACCGAGUGGUUCUUCCUCGUCUCCAUGACGCAGUCGUUUCUCAACGGGACGGGACUCCCCGGGCAGGCGCUCUUCGCCGGCCAGCCCACCUGGAUCGCCUCUGGCCUCUCCUCCGCGCCGUGCGAGCGCGCGCGCCAGGCCUACAACUUCGGCCUCCGCACCAUGGUCUGCUUCCCCGUCGGCACCGGGGUGCUCGAGCUCGGCUCCACCGACGUCGUGUUCCAGACCGCCGAGAGCAUGGCGAAGAUCCGCUCGCUCUUCGGGGGCGGAGCAGGGGGUGGCUCGUGGCCGCCCGUGCAGCCUCAGGCGCCAUCGCAGCAGCAACCCGCGGCUGGAGUCGACCAGGCGGAGACGGACCCCUCCGUGCUAUGGCUCGCCGACACGCCGGUCAUGGACAUCAAGGAUUCCUUGUCGCACCCGUCGGCCGAGAUCUCCGUCUCCAAGCCGCCGCCGCCACCUCCGCCAUAG